UGCUCUGCUUCCCGACUCGCUCGCCGCUGCUCCACCGCUUCUGCCGCCUCAAUUGCACAGUCAGACACGCAAAACACCUACAGAAACAAUGUCCAAGCCCUCCGUCAUCCUCUUUGGCAAAAUCCUGCACGCCUACCCCGAGUGGCAGGAGCUCUCCUCGCUCGCGACCCUGGUCGAGGACACCACCAAGACCAACGCCGAGCUGAGCGCAAAGUUCGCGCCCGGCGGCGAGUACUCGUCCGCCGUCGCCAUCUUCCACACCCACAGCGCGGCCGCGGGCUCGACGAUCAACGCCGACCUUAUCGCGAGCUUCCCGGAGACGCUCAAGUACAUCUGCCACCACGGCGCCGGCUACGACAUGAUUGACGUGCACGCGGCCGCCAAGCGCGGCAUCCGCGUGUCCAACACGCCCGGCUCCGUCGACGACGCGACCGCGGACGUGAACAUGUUCCUCAUCCUCUCCGCGCUGCGCAACUUCAACCAGGCGCUCGUCGGCCUCCGCCGCGGCGAGUGGAACUCCACCACGCCGCUCGCUCACGACCCCGAGCUCAAGACGCUCGGAAUUAUCGGCAUGGGCGGCAUCGGCCGCGCGCUCAAGAAGCGCGCCGAGGCGUUCGACAUGAAGGUCAUUUACCACAACCGCAAGCCGUUGUCGGAGGAGCUGAGCGGCGGUGCCGAGUACGUUUCCUUUGACGAGCUGCUCGCGCGGGCUGACGUCCUCUCGCUAAACUUGCCGCUCAACGCGGCCACAAAGCACAUCAUCAACAAGGACGCGUUCGCAAAGAUGAAGGACGGCGUGGUAAUCACAAACACCGCGCGCGGUGCCGUCAUCGACGAGGCUGCGCUGGUCGACGCGCUCGCGAGCGGAAAGGUGUUCUCCGCCGGUCUUGAUGUGUUUGAGGAGGAGCCGGUUAUCCACCCUGGCUUGCUCGCGAACGAGAAGGUCACGCUCUUGCCUCACAUCGGAACCCACACGCUCGAGUCCCGCAGAAAGAUGGAGCUCCAGGUGUUGAAGAACUUGAAGUCUGCCCUGACCUCUGGGCUGCUGGUUGACAUCACCCCUGAGUCGGCUCACUUGCAAAAGUAGAUCUGUCUUUGUUUAAUUUAGAAAAGUCUAUCAUUACAAUUAAGAGUCCUUUAACUAGAAUACAUAUCAUCAUAUCCAUCAUU